AUGGCUGGACUGAGGUUACAAAUUAGGGUAUCGGCCCCUGGCCUAGUGGGACACCCGAAAGGACCGAUUGUUCCGGCAAUAAGUGCUGGCAGCGGUGGUGGAAGUGGUGGAAGUGGUGGAAGUGGUGGAUACAGCGGGUGUUACAGAGGGCUGGUGGGCGAUUCGUACGUCGUCGCUGGUGGUAGUUUCUUGUACGGGCCAGGACAAUAG